AUGGUUCGCUUCACAAGGAAUGCUGCGGUGGCUACGAGCCUCGUAGCUAUACUUGCCCACUGCCCAACUGUCAUGGCGCAGAACACAAACACCAAGCCAAUUGUGGCGGAUGGAACUUCCUUCGCUCUCAAUGGCGACAAUGUAUCAUACCGCUUCCAUGUGGACAACAGCACCGGUGACCUUCUUGGGGACCACUUCGGUGGCCCCGUCACUGGCGACAUUCCCCUGGAGUCUGUGGGCGAUGUCAAUGGCUGGGUUGGUACCACUGGCCGUGUCCGCCGCGAAUUCCCUGACCAAGGGCGCGGGGACUUCCGUAUCCCUGCAAUUCGCAUCCGCCAGUCGGCAGGAUACACCGUCUCUGACUUGCAAUACAAAUCGCACCGAAUCGUUGCAGGAAAACCCGCUAUUGCUGGUUUGCCCGCUACUAUGGGCAGCGAGGAAGAUGUGAGCACUCUAGUCGUCAGUCUAUACGAUAAGUAUAGCGAUGUUGCGGCAGACUUGUCGUAUUCGAUCUUCCCCAAGUACGAUGCCAUUGUGCGCAGUGUCAACGUCACGAACCAUGGCGAGGGAAAUAUUACCAUCGAGUCUUUGGCCAGUCUCAGCGUGGACUUGCCAUUCGAGGACCUGGAAAUGAUCAGCCUUCGGGGUGAUUGGGCCAGAGAAGCCCACAAGGAGAGAAGAAAGGUCGAGUAUGGCAUUCAAAGCUUUGGAAGUUCGACCGGAUACUCAUCUCACCUUCACAACCCAUUCUUGGCAUUGGUUGAGCCUUCAACCACUGAGUCUCACGGAGAAGCGUGGGGCUUCUCGCUGGUGUAUACUGGAUCAUUCUCGGUGGAUGUCGAAAAGGGCUCUCAGGGCUUCACCCGCGCCCUUCUUGGCUUCAACUCCGGCCAGCUCUCCUGGAAGCUAGCACCCGGCGAGAGUCUCGCAUCCCCGGAAUGUGUGUCUGUGUAUUCUAAGGACGGACUUGGUGGCAUGUCACGAGCGUUCCAUAGCUUGUACCGCAAGCAUCUCAUCAAGAGCAAGUUUGCCACCAGUGAUCGUCCUGCACUUCUCAACAGCUGGGAGGGACUUGGAUCUACCUUCAACCAAAGCAGUAUCUAUAACCUUGCAAAGGAGUCCGCUGAGGUGGGCGCCAAGCUCUUCGUCCUGGACGACGGUUGGUUCGGCGACGAAUACCCCCGUAUAUCUGACGAAGAAGGCUUGGGUGACUGGGUGCCGAACCCAGCUCGUUUCCCAGACGGUCUGGAGCCAAUUGUCAAGAAGAUUACGGAUCUCAAAGCCGGAAACACUUCAACGAAUUUGCGUUUCGGUAUCUGGGUCGAGCCAGAGAUGGUCAACCCCAAUUCCACCUUGUAUAACGAGCACCCAGACUGGGCUUUGCACGCAGGCCCCUACCCACGGACCGAGCGACGUAACCAGCUCGUCCUCAACCUCGCGCUCCCCGAGGUCCAGGACUUUAUCAUCAAGUCUGUCUCGGACAUCCUCAACAGUGCAGACAUCAGCUAUGUCAAGUGGGACAACAACAGAGGUAUCCAUGAGAUGCCUUCUCCCGCAACGAACCAUGCCUACAUGCUCGGCAUGUAUCGUGUCUUCGACGAGCUGACCACCAAGUUCCCCGAUGUUCUUUGGGAAGGCUGCGCCUCAGGUGGAGGUCGUUUCGAUCCGGGUGUUCUGCAAUACUUCCCUCAAAUCUGGACUUCGGAUGACACGGACGCCGUGGAGCGUAUUUCCAUUCAGCUCGGUACAUCCCUUGCAUACCCCCCGAGUGCAAUGGGCGCUCACUUGUCCGCCGUGCCAAACCAGCAGACCGGCCGUACUGUCCCUGUUGCCUUCCGCGGCCAUGUCGCGAUGAUGGGUGGAUCUUUCGGCCUGGAGCUUGAUCCUGCUGAGAUGACUGCCGAGGACAAGGCUGCUCUUCCGGGUCUUAUUGAGCUUUCGGAGAAGAUCAACCCCAUCAUUCUGAAUGGUGACUUGUGGCGGUUGAACUUACCAGAAGACUCAAACUGGCCCGCUGCUUUGUUCAUUGGCGAGGAUGGAAAGCAGGCUGUUUUGUUUGUCUUCCAGCUCGCGCCCAACAUCGACCACUCUUGGCCGCGUAUUAGGCUGCAGGGCUUGGACGCACAGGCUUCGUACAAGAUCGAUGGCAACGCAACAUACACUGGCGCGACUUUGAUGAACCUUGGCUUGCAAUUCCCCUUCUCCACAGAUUAUGGAAGUCAAGUCGUGAUGUUGGAGAAGCAGUAG